CCUCCUCCACCAUCUGCAUCUCUGCCCUUGCAAUUGUCCCUGUUGCUCCGCGACUUCUCCCCGGGACGGGCACCAUUUGCUAAUUACCUUCUUUUAUACUCCUCUUCUCUUGUCGUCUCUUUCCUUUUUGGAAGGAUAAUGAGGGCGCCUUAAGUGCUUAAUCCACCGCCUGCACAACGUCCGAACCGUCAUACUGAAACCCGCCCUUAUUCAAAGCCACCGUAGAUCGAUCCAUCCUCCCAACCCCACCACCACCGUCACCGUCACCUGCCACGGGGCGACCCCCUUUGUUUAUAUCGAGAACUACUAGAUUAACUCAUUGCUGCUGCGGCAAUCCCUGCAGCCCGUCACCAUGAGUUACAUUAAGAAAGAUGAGGACGCCGACCAGACCAUGAUGAAGUUGGACCGGACCUCCGUAUUUCAAGAUGCCCGAUUGUUCAAUUCCUCCCCGAUAUCUCCUCGGACAUGCCGCACUCUCCUGACCAAGAUCGCGGUCCUCCUGUUCACUGGGGAGCAGUUCCCCACGAACGAGGCCACCACCCUGUUCUUCGGUAUCUCGAAAUUGUUCCAGAAUAAGGAUCCCUCCCUCCGCCAGAUGGUCUACCUGAUCCUGAAGGAAUUGGCAAACACCGCCGAGGAUGUGAUUAUGUCAACCAGUAUCAUUAUGAAGGACACUGCUGUCGGCAGUGAUGUCCUUUACCGGGCCAACGCCAUCCGCGCCUUGUGCCGCAUCAUCGAUGCUACUACUGUGCAGGGUAUUGAGCGAUUAAUCAAGACUGCUAUUGUUGACAAGACCCCUUCGGUUUCCUCCGCAGCCCUGGUUUCGUCUUAUCACCUUCUCCCUAUCGCGCGUGAUGUCGUCCGCAGAUGGCAGAGUGAAACUCAGGAGGCCGCAUCUGGCGGUAAGCAGUCGACCGGUUUCCUUGGAUUCGGCGGCAGUUCCCAGUCCCACGCCAUUUCGCAGUCGAACUUCAUGACCCAGUACCAUGCGAUUGGUCUUCUGUACCAGAUGCGCUCUCACGACCGGAUGGCGCUCGUCAAGAUGGUACAGCAGUAUGGUGCGGCGGGAGUGGUGAAGAGCCCGGCUGCGCUUGUUUUGCUGGUGCGGUUGGCGGCUAAGUUGGCGGAGGAGGACCCUGGCUUGCGGAAACCGAUGAUGCAGAUGCUUGAUGGCUGGCUCCGACACAAGCACGAGAUGGUCAACUUCGAAGCGGCCAAGGCCAUUUGCGAUAUGCGUGAUGUUUCCGACGCGGAAGCCUCCCAGGCCGUCCACGUCCUGCAACUCUUCCUCUCCUCGCCCCGCGCGAUCACCAAGUUUGCGGCCAUCCGUAUCCUCCACAACUUCGCGUCCUUCAAGCCCCAUGUGGUCAACGUCUGCAACCCCGAUAUUGAGUCGCUGAUCUCGAACUCUAAUCGCUCUAUUGCUACCUUCGCCAUUACCACUCUCCUGAAGACGGGCAACGAGGCUAGCGUCGACCGUCUCAUGAAGCAAAUCUCCGGUUUCAUGGCUGAUAUCACCGAUGAGUUCAAGAUCACGAUCGUCGAGGCUAUCCGCACUCUCUGCCUAAAGUUCCCCAGCAAGCAGGCUGGUAUGCUCUCUUUCCUGAGCGGUAUCUUGAGAGAUGAGGGUGGCUAUGAAUUCAAGCGCAGUGUUGUUGAGAGCAUGUUUGAUCUCAUCAAAUUCGUUCCUGAGAGUAAGGAGGAUGCUCUUGCGCACCUGUGUGAAUUCAUCGAGGACUGCGAGUUCACCAAGCUGUCUGUCAGAAUUCUUCACCUGCUUGGUGUGGAAGGCCCUAAGACGUCACACCCCACUAAGUACAUCCGUUAUAUCUACAACCGCGUUGUUUUGGAGAAUGCCAUCGUCCGGGCUGCCGCCGUGACCGCCCUGGCCAAGUUCGGCGUUGGACAGAAGGAUCCUGAAGUCAAGUCGAGCGUUUCCGUUCUUCUUACUCGCUGUCUAGACGAUGUCGAUGAUGAAGUGCGUGAUCGUGCUGCUCUCAACUUGCGUCUGAUGAGCGAAGAGGAUGAGAAGGCUUCUCAAUUCAUUAGCAAUGAAUCGAUGUACUCCCUGUCGACAUUUGAGCAUCAACUCGUGAUGUACGUGACAUCGACGGACAAACAGACCUUUGCUGCGGCCUUUGACGUCUCUACGAUCCCGGUUGUCACACAAGAGCAGGCAUUGGCCGAGGAGCGGACGAAGAAGCUUACCAGCGCAACCCCUACGCUCAAGGCGCCGACCACUGGGCCUCCGAAGAGCAAAGCCAACGGAGUGGCCGAGGCUGCUACCGUGGCUGUCACCCAAAAAUAUGCCGAGCAGCUCAUGCAAAUCCCCGAACUCAAGGAGUACGGCACCUUGCUCAAGUCCUCUGCUCCUGUUGAACUCACAGAAAGCGAGACUGAGUAUGUCGUUACUGCCGUUAAGCACGUUUUCAAGGAGCACAUUGUCCUGCAGUACGAUAUCAAGAACACCCUUCCCGACACCGUGCUGGAGGAUGUGACCGUGGUUACAGUUCCGGAGGAGGAAGACAUCUUGGAGGAGGAGUUCAUCGUCCCUGCUCCCAAGCUGGCUACCAACGAGCCUGGUAUUAUCUAUGUCACAUUCAAGAAGCUUGCUGGCGAGCACAGCGUUCCGGUCACUUCGUUCACCAACACACUCAAGUUCACCAGCAAAGAGAUCGAUCCCACUACUGGCGAGCCGGAGGACUCUGGAUACGACGACGAAUACCAGGUUGAGGACUUGGGUCUUACGGGUAGCGACUAUGUCAUUCCUACUUUCGCGGGCAGCUUCGACCACGUAUGGGAGCAAACGGGUGCCAACGGGGAGGAGGCUAGCGAGACUCUUCAGCUCAGCAACGUGAAGGGCAUUGCAGAUGCCACGGAACAACUCAUCUCAACACUCUCGUUGCAGCCUCUGGAGGGCACCGAUGUAGCCCUCAGCAACAGCACGCAUACCCUGAAACUGUUCGGCAAGACCGUGACCGGAGGCCGGGUGGCCGCACUGAUCAAGAUGGCUUUCUCCAGCAAGACUGGAGUGACCACCAAGAUCACCGUUCGGGCGGAGGAAGAGGGCGUCGCGCCCGCUGUGAUUGCGUCCGUUACUUAAAUGCCUUGUGACCGAUUGUGUAAAUCUUCUUCUUUUUCUUUUUUUCUGUAAUGGAGGCAUGUUAUUGAAAAGGCGCGCGCAUUCAAUUGGCGACGAGUCCUCUGCAUUAUGAGAUCUGAGUCUUUUUUUUAUCUUCUGUUGUGAUUUCGACACCCUUCCUCUUUUAUAUUCACCACCAUUCAUCUUCUUUUUGUCUUCUGUCUUCGUCUUCUAUAAUCCUGGUGUCGAGUUUAGAUGCGAUGAUCUUUGUUCGUGUAGUAGCCGUUCCCGAACUCGUUAGUC